GUCAGCAUGGAGCGGUACGCCGGACGCGUUGCCAUGGUGACGGGCGCCAGCUCCGGCAUAGGGGCCGCCGUGGCGCGCGCGCUGCUGCAGCGCGGGGUCACCGUCGUGGGGGUCGACCUGCGACCCGACAGGAUGAAGGGUUGGCAACUGAAAGACUGCACUGGCCAACUGCACCCAUUAUAUGGAGAUGUGAGCGACGAGGAAAGCAUACUUUCUCUAUUCAAAUGGAUUACUGACAAUCUGGGAGGAGUCGACAUUCUCGUCAACAGCGCGGGAUUGUUUCGCAAUUCUGGCUUGAUUUCUGCUCCAUUGUCUGAAUGGAAACUGAUCCUGGACGUGAACGUGCUGGGUCUGAGCAUCUGCACCAGGGAGGCCGUGCAGGACAUGCUGAGGAGAGGUGUCGAUGACGGCUUCAUUAUCAACCUCUGCAGCCUCGCUGGUCACAUUCCUAUGAGCGACUCUCGAAACUCGAUGUACUUCGCCAGCAAGGUAGCUGUGAAGACGCUGCUCGAAGGAAUAAGAAAGGACUUGAUUGCUAGGAAAAGCAAUAUACGAGUUGGACAAAUCUCUCCGGGGUUCGUGAAGACGGAGAUCUAUAACGCGGCGACUGGCCUACCGGACAACUUUUGGGACAGCCACUUCCUGGAACCAGACGACAUCGCACGGGCCGUCAUCUUCAUGCUGUCACAGCACCCUCGCGUGCAGGUGUAUGACAUCAUCAUCCGACCAACAGGAUCUCAUCCCUAGCUUCUGCAGCAGUUGAUGCCUCGCAGAACAAUCACUUCCAGUAGUAUGACCAUUCACGGUGUCGGUAAUAGGUGGUUUUGUGCUCUUCAAAUAAAGUCAUUUCAACA